AUGGCUUGCGUCGCAACGGCACAGCUGAUUUCUGAUCCGGGCGCCGCUGGACCUGAAUUGGAGCUCGUCCACCUCUACUACGACGAGUUCCCGACGGGCAUUGCGGUCUCGUCGACGGGCCGCAGGUUCUCGAACUAUCCGCCUGGAUUGGAUCCAAACAACACGAAUGAUGGCACGAAUGGAAAAUAUACAGUUGCCGAGCUGCUCCCGGGCAAUACUGAGACACCAUUCCCGAAUGCGACAUUUAACAACCCUCCUGGAGGCGCGAUCAACUACACUGUGUUUCCUCCUGUCGGCGCGAACUACCAGAACUACCUUAUAGGCGUCCAGUCGGUCGUGGUGGACCCAGCCGACCGCCUCUGGAUCCUUGAUACCGGGCGCGCGCAGACCGACAAUGGCACCCUUGUUCCAGCUUCGUACGGCGGUCCGAAACUCAUCGGCGUUGAUUUGACCACCAACCAGACUUUUACGACGAUCGUCUUCCCGCCUGAUGUCGCUUACCCCGACAGCUACCUCAACGACGUGCGCUUUGACCUGCGUUCGAACAUCACAAGUUCAGGCCACGGCGUGGCGUACAUCACAGACAGCAGCACCGAGGGCCGCAACGGUAUUGUCACAGUGGAUCUCGGCACAGGUGAAUCCUGGAGACACCUAGACGGUGACGCGGUUGUGCGGCCAGAGCGCCAGUUCCUGGCGUACGUUUGGGGCGAGCCUCUCUACUUUAUACCUGGUCCAGGAAGGCCGUUUACGUAUCUUCCGUUCGGCAGUGACGGUAUUGCGAUCUCAGCCGACGCAGAAACUCUCUUCUUUGGCGCCGUUGGGUCGAGGUAUCUCUACAGCAUUCCAACUGAGAGACUUCGGGAUAGGAGCGAGGUCAGCGAGGUGCUGGCCCAAUCGUCUGUCCAGAGCCGAGGCCAGAAGGGCGUGAGUGACGGGUUCGAGACAGAUUCCAACAAUAUUGUCUACCUUGGUAACAUGGAGCAAAACGCGGUGUCUUGGUACAACCCGGCCAAUGCCACCACUGGCACCUUUGUGCGGGAUCCGAGAAUCAACUGGGUCGAUACAUUCGCAACCGGAGCGGACGGGUAUCUGUAUUUUACCGUCAACCAGCUACAGCUGACUCAGGCAUUUUACCCGGGCACGGAUCGACGAGUGAGGCCGUUUGCGCUGUUCAGAGUGCCUUUGCCGAAUGGUGGAACCAAGAUCACUUCGUCGGAGUAG